AUGAACCGCGAAGCCGUCGAUUUCAAUCCUUGGUCAUGGCUGUCUAGCGCCAACAGGAAUAGGUCCCCGUCGAUCAUGGAUUAUUUCUUCCCGCCUUCCAGAACCCUAAACAAUGCGACCGCGACUACGUACAAACCGACGAAACAUUAUACUAUCCGACCGGUCGUGCGUACGACUGAAACGCCUACGGUUCAAGAAACGGACACAACGCUUAAUAGCGAUAGCACAGAAACUGUUUCGGUGAUCGACACCCCAGGGACUACCAUCGAAGGGCCUAAAGAAACCGCAU